CUGUCAGACUAGAGCAAAGGUCAAAGAAUGAGUGACGCAAGGACAUUACAGCACUAGAAAGAGAGCAUACACAUAGAAUACACUGACAUUUCAGGACCAGAGUGAUCUGACUGGGCAACACAACACAAGAGAGGAACCUCAGAAGAUAGGUACUGAAGAAAAAAGACCAGAUAUAUAGGUACAUCAAGCUAUUUAGGGUUUGUCGCUUUUCCAAACUCAGACUAUCUGCUGGGUGAAUAGAAUGGAUUAUGCCAAGAAGUCUCUCAAUCUGUUCUCACCUUCGCUCUCCAAUAUAUCUAGCAGAUGUGUAGCAGCCAGUGCAUCUGUCCUGCCCAAGUUUAACCCGCGCCCCAGACCGUUCCGGGUCACCAACUCAGACCGUUCUUUAAAAAAAGGCGUUAUGGCAGAUGGACUGAGAGACUUAAUGAACAAGACUAUGGAUGUGUUCAGUGUGUCCUGCGUAGAAGGCCUUGUGUUGGAUGAAGAUGGAACAGGAGUGGACACAGAGGACUUCUUCCAGACUCUCAAGGACAGCACUGUGCUAAUGGUCUUGGAGAAAGGACAAAAGUGGACACCUCAACAGAGCAGUCUAUUAGGAGGUCAAGCUGCAGAGCGCAGGACACAGCGUAGGAAAGACCUGGCCAAACUGACUCUUGACUUUUACAAAAACCACCCAAAGGAAUUCAUCGGCUGCUUGAAUGUUCAGAUGACCCUCUAUGGGAUGUACUCAAUGUCAUAUGACCUGCAGUGCUACCAUGCCAAGAGAAUGUUGAGGGAGGCUCUAAGAUGGACUCUGUUUAGCAUGCAAGCCACUGGUCACGUUUUACUGGGUACUUCAUACUAUAUGCAAAAUCUUAUUGACGAGGAUGAAAAAGCUGAGGCACAACUGAUUGCUUCCAGAAAGACAAACAAACUCUUUCAGGCCAUCCAAUGGAAGAAAUCAGUAGCUGAUCACAUUAACUAGAAAUCUGGGUGCCUUGGAAACCAUUGUGGUGUUAUUUUACCUAUGUUACUGGACGAUAAUCACAGAAGCAUACACACCAUGCAUUCUUUCAGAGCAAAGGUUUUGCUAUGAAAGUAAUCCUGAAUCUACUGUGUUUGUUAUAUUUUGCUAUUUGCACGUAUUAGUUUUAGAUACAUUGCCCAAAAAAUGGAGUUAUUAAUAUUUAUUCCUAUUUUUAACUGUUAAGAAUAGUGUCUGUUGUAUUUUUCCUUGAAUUAAAUAUUGAGUUUUAAAGCUUCA